AAUCUUGAGGGACUCUAGUCACUGGCGAGCUGUCACUCAGUUGUUCACGGCAGACCAGGAGACCUACCGUCCCAAGCUCGCCCACGUGGCCUCUAUAUGUUGCACAUGCUUUCAACCACGUUACAAUUCUUCAUCUGCUGUCAAGGAAGAAGUUACCCCCAUGAUGCAUAAAAUGAACAGUGUGCACGCCAAAAAAAAAGUUCGCCAGUAUUCAGAUGAGUACUUGCUGUUUGGGUUCAUACCAGCGACUCAUGAUGAAAGGUUGCCUUUUUGUCUGUUGUGCCACCAAUGUUUGACUAAUGAAUCCAUGAAGAGAGGUCGUCUCGAAAAUCAUUUGAAGGCAAAACACAGUAUUCAUGUUAAUUCAAAACUGGAGUAUUUUAAAUCCCUAAAGGAGAAGUUUGAAAAAAGAUCAACAAUAAAUUCAUUGUUCUCUGCAAGAAGUGCAAGCAAGGAUCGUGGUCUUGAGGCUAGUUAUGAAAUUUCUCUUCUCAUAGCAAAAUGUGGCAAAAAUCAUACAAUAGGGGAGAAUUCAAUUAAGCCCGCAAUAUCAACUUUUCUGAAAGUAGUUCUUGAAAAAGAUGACCAAGAUCUCAAAAGCAUGCCGCUCAGUAAUAAUACUGUUAGUAGCAGGAUUGAUGAAAUGAGUUGUGAUGUAGAAGUACAACUUGUUGAAAAAUUAAAAUAUACAAAUUUUUCAAUACAGUUGGACGAAUCAACUGUAAGAGAUAGUGAAGCUCUGUUAAUGGCCUAUGUAAGAUAUGUUGAUAAUGGAGAAUUUAUUGAGGAUAUGCUAUUUUGCGAAGCAUUAGAAACCACCACUAUUGCAAUUGAUAUAUAUAAGAAAUUAAAAACAUAUUUAGAUGAUAAGCAGAUACCAAUGGAGAACAUUAUAUCUUGUGCUGCAGACGGUGCUCCAGUGAUGAUGGGCAAGAAAAAUGGAGUUUUAAAAUUAUUGAAAGACGACAAUCUCCAAAUGUUGUUAGUGCAUUGUGUUAUUCAUAGACAGAAUUUAGUUUCCAAAAAAGUUUCCCCUGUUCUAAACGAGACAUUGAAUGCAGUUAUAAAAUGCAUCAACACUAUAAAAGCUAAUGCCAAAUGUGAGCGUCUUUUCAAACAAUUUUGCAAGGAUCAAAAUGCAGACUAUGUAAGAUUAUUACUUCAUACUGAUGUAAGGUGGUUAUCAAAUGGGAAUUGCCUGAAAAGAUUCAUGGAAUUAUUUGAUAUUCUUAGUGAGUUCUUGGAUGAUAAACCUUAUAUGACUCUGUUACUGACAGUUGAUGGUAAAGCACUUGUCAGUUAUUUAGCAGAUAUAUUUGAAAAACUCAAUGUCUUAAAUAAGGAGCUCCAAGGAACAAAUAUGACUCUUGUUAAUUCAAAGGCCAAGAUAUUUGGCUUUAUAUCAUUUCUGGAAUUAUCCCAAGAAAAUAUUUCUGUCAAAAAAUUUGAACAAUUUUAUUGGCUGAAUAAAUGUGAGGUAACAGAUGCUACUUGUCUUGUUAUUGUGGAGCACUUAAAAAUAAUGGUAAGCGAUUUCAACUUCAGAUUUUCUGAUUUGAAAGAAAUUAAUUAUCCAUCUUGGAUGACUCAGCCAUUGCUAGUGGAUCUGUCAGAUGUAACCAUGGAAUAUCAAGGAGAACUUUCAGAAUUACAAAAUGAUGACUCGAUUAAAGCCCUGUUCAAAAUAAAAGGAACAAUGAUGUGGCUCUGUGAAGAAACACAAGCUAAAUAUCCAAAUACAAGUAGUUUGGCAAGAAAACUACUUUACCAUUCCCAUCGUCAUACUUAG